AUGUUAAACGACUUUUUUGUAAAUAUUAUUACACAAAUACAGAACGAUCAAGUCUUAACAAAUCCUUUGGAUACGAAAAUUAUUGAUGACUUUGUCUCAACGAAAAUCAACAACUUUGUCACACAAUACAACAUUCCAUCUAUAACUGUUGAGCAAGUAAAUGAACUUAUUAACAAUUUAUCAUGCUCGAAAGCUACUGGCGUAGAUGGUAUUAGUGUGAAGAUCUUGAAAUUGGUUUCUCCGGUGUUUUCUCAUCCAUUAACAAAGCUUUUAAAUAUGUCACUAGACAAAGGCAUUUUUCCUACAAAAUGGAAAAUAGCACGGGUAAUAACACCUUUACAUAAAUCUGGCUUACGUGAUGAUAAAAGCAAUUAUAGACCUAUAUCUUUGCUACCUGUCAUUUCUAAAAUAUGCGAGAAACAUGUUGCUAGAUCCGUUAUGGAUUACUUUACCAACAAUGGGUUACUCUACGAACGACAAUCUGCUUUUCGUAAAGGACACUCUACAGAGACAGCCUUAAUCAAUCUUACAGAUCAAAUAUUACUUAAUAUGGAUAAAGACGAAGUUACUCUUAUGGCUUUUGUUGAUUUUAAAAAGGCUUUUGAUCUAAUAGACCAUCAAGUCCUAUUGUCUAAAUUACACUUGUAUAGAGUAGCUGACUCAGCAAUCAAAUGGUUCACAUCUUAUCUCACUGGAAGAUCCCAAUUUGUAACUAUUGAUGGACAGCAGUCAAGUCGUUUGCCUGUUAAUCAUGGUGUGCCGCAGGGUUCAGUACUGGGACCUAUACUGUUUCUUCUAUAUGUAAACGACAUUCCACUCCAUCUAUCACAUUCAUCAGUUGAUAUAUUUCCAGACGAUACAACCUUAUCUGCAAGUACUCAUUGGAAUGAUAUUCCCUCAAUGGUCCAUGAUAUAAAUUGUGAUCUUGCUGCCUUAAAUCAGUGGUCGAUUCAAAAUAAGAUGAGUAUUAACGACGAAAAAACAAAGUUUAUGCUUAUAUCAGGAAAGCGUCUUGAAAAGAAAAUCUUAGAAAAAGGGAAUAUGGACAUAGCAGUUAAAGUGGAUGAUACACAGAUUACUGAAGUAAAUUGUCAAAAACUCCUUGGAGUAACGAUUGACAAUAGAUUAAAUUAUGAAGAACAUAUUGAUUAUGUCGGAAACUAUCGAAACAGCUUGGUCUUCUCAAACACGUUAGUCCGUACCUCAAGAAACAGCAAAGGGAGUUGUACUUUAAUAGUGUUAUAA